CUGGCGAUAGUUUGGUUGCUGCCUUGCAUCUAUCUUAUCUGGGCUAGAAUGAGAUAUUGGUCGCCUGGUGGCUGUCGUGUAAUAACAGUUUUCAAGGCCUCGACACGCUUCGUCCAGCUCUGUCCACCUACCCAGGCACACCCGAGUAUCACAUCACACACACCAUGACGGACUUUAGAGAAGAACACGGCAGCUUCAGCUCUGAAAGCGGCCGUGGGAUGCCCAUUGCCAUCAUCGGCAUGGGAUGGAGAGGACCGGGAGAAGCCACAAACGUCCAGAACUUCUACGAGCUUUUGGCUGCGGCUCGGGAAGCCCGGGUCGCCGCUCACAAGGGAAAAUGGAACCACGAAGCUUUUUACCACCCAGAGUCGUCAAGGAAGGGAACCAGCAAUGUCGAGGCCGGUCAUUACUUCAAGGAUGACUUGUCACUAUUUGACGCACCGUUCUUUAGCAUGACAGAUUCAGAGGCAGCUUGCCUGGAUCCUCAACAACGACUCCUCCUGGAGACGUGCUACGAAGCUCUCGAGAAUGCUGGAAUCCCACUAUCGAGUGCCGCGGGGAGCGACACCUCCGUUUUCGUCAGCACAUUCGGGGCCGAUUACACCGAUCUCCUCCAGAAGGACCCAGACACCAUGCCGGUAUAUCAGGCGACCAACAGCGGAUACUCGCGGGCCAUCAUUUCGAACCGUCUCUCUCACUUCUUCGACUUCCGCGGAAGCAGUGUAACCAUCGACACGGCGUGCUCUGGCGGCCUCACGGCGCUUCAUCUCGCCUGCCAGUCCAUCCGCGCCGGCGAGGUCCGCCAGGCUGUAUGCGGCGGCUCCAGUGUCAUUCUUCACCCCGACCAGUUCAUUUCCCUGAGUGCUAUGCGUUUUCUUUCUCCCGAGGGGCGCUGCUAUAGCUUUGAUGAACGUGCGAGUGGCUAUGCGCGAGGAGAGGGUGUCGGAUGCGUCCUCCUCAAGCGUCUCGAUCAUGCACUUGCGGACAAAGACCCCAUCCGCGCCGUUGUCCGCAUGACGGGGUCCAACCAGGACGGCCGGACGCCUGGUAUCAGCUUCCCCAGCAGGGUCGCUCAGAUGGCCCUCAUCAAGUCCGUCUACGAGCGCGCCGGCCUCGACCCCCUCCAGACGUCUUACAUCGAGGCCCACGGCACGGGCACCCAGGCCGGAGACCCGAUCGAGACUUCGGCCAUCUCGGAAACAAUGUGCUCCGAGCGGUCCGCCGACGAGCCGCUGGUCAUUGGGUCGGUGAAGACGAACAUCGGCCACCUCGAGGCGGCGAGCGGGAUCGCAGCCCUCAUCAAGGCCGUCCUCAUGUUGGAGAACAGGGUCAUCUUCCCCAACCGCAACUUUGAGACUCCUAAUCCCCGCAUCGCGCUGGAGAAGUGGAAAUUGAAGAUACCUUUGAAAAUGAAACGCUGGGAUUGCGAUGGCCCCCAUCGCCUGUCUAUCAAUAGCUUCGGGUAUGGCGGGACAAACGCGCACGUCAUUCUUGAGAGCGCCAGUGACUUCCUUCACGCAGCCAAGUCACCGUAUAGUCCUGGCCAGGACAUCUCAACCUCCGUCGCGCGGGUAGCUUCCGUCAGUUCUCCCGGGCUUUCCAAUGGCAACGGCAUCAGCAACGGCAUCAGCAACGGUAACGGCGUACGGAACGGGAAUGGAAACGGGAAUGGAAACGGGCAUCAUAUCGACAACGCCAGCUUGCAAAACGGUCAUCAUCACCACCACGCACCACAUCCACGAAGAAUCUUUUCCGUUUCCGCAUUCGAUGAGGCUUCGACCCGAAACGCGGCCAAGGAUCUCGCAGAACACCUCCGCGCUGCCACGGCCCACGUCGACGAUGCCUACCUGCGGGAUCUGGCGUAUACCCUGGGCGCCAGGCGCUCGCAUUUUCCCUGCCGGGCCGCGGUUGUCGCUGGGGAUGCAGACGAGCUGAUGACAGCGCUGGCUGACGAGUCUCUGGCGAUCACCAAGUCCGCGCAGAAGAACCCCGUCAUCGGCUUCGUCUUCACCGGCCAGGGGGCGCAAUGGGCGGGGAUGGGCAGGGAGCUCAUGGACGCGUUUCCCAUCUACGCGCGGACGAUGGAGCGCUGCAGAGAUCAUCUCCUGAGCAUCGGUGCCCCCUGGGAUCUCAUAGAUGAGCUGGCAAGGGAUGCAAAGAGCUCCCGUAUCUCGAUGGCCAGGUUUAGCCAGCCGCUUUGCUCUGCAGUUCAGAUCGCUUUGAUCGAGCUCCUCGCGUCUUGGGGCAUUCGGCCACAGGCCGUGACUGGCCAUUCCAGCGGCGAGAUCGCGGCAGCCUAUGCGGCAGGUCUCGUUGGCUUGGAGGAUGCCAUGUCUUCAGCCUACCACCGCGGGAUAUUCUCACAGCAAGUCGCCGCCGAAGGGCCCAUCAAGGGGGCCAUGAUGGCCGUGGGCCUGGGCCCAGACGCCAUCCAAGAGCGCCUCUCCGACCUCAAGCAAGGCUACGCCACCAUCGCUUGCGAGAACAGCCCGUCCAGCGUCACGGUAUCCGGCGACUUGGCAGCCAUCGAGGAGCUCAAGGAACAGUUGGACAGCGAGGGUGUCUUUGCCCGCAAACUCCUCGUGGAGGCCGCCUACCACUCGCGGCACAUGGCCCUGGUGGAGGAAGACUACCUGGACAGCAUCUCGGACAUGAAGAUCGGCCCGGGCAGCGACGUCAGGUUCUACUCGUCUGUCACGGGGAAGCGGGCGUCGGGCCAGGACCUCGGACCCGGGUACUGGGUGGCCAACAUGCUCGGCAGGGUGAGGUUCGCAUCCUCGCUCAAGCAGCUCUGCCGCGCUGGCGCCGACAUACUGGUCGAGGUCGGCCCGCACUCCGCCCUGGCCGGGCCCGUGAAGCAAAUCAUCCAGUCCGAUGACGCGCUCAAGUCCUCCAACAUCAAGUACGCAAGCGCCCUCACGCGCAAGUACGACGCGGCCCAAACCGUCCUGGCCAUGGCCGCGAAGCUCCUGGGCGAGGGCGUGCCCGUCGACCUCUCCGCUGUCAACGGCGCCGGGGGCAGAGAGAACGUCGUCGUUGACCUGCCGCCGUACCGAUGGAACAAGUCCAAGUCGUACUGGGCCGAGAGCCGUCUGUCCAAGGAGUACCGCAACCGCCCGCACCCGCGGCUGGACCUGCUCGGCAAGCCGGAACCGAACUUCAACCCGUUCGACGCCCGCUGGCGGAACAUCAUCCGCGGCACCGAGGUGCCGUGGAUCAAAGACCACCGUAUCCAGUCCAACGUCGUCUACCCGGCCGCCGGCUACGUGUCAAUGGCCAUCGAAGCCGUCCGGCAAAUCACCAUGGCGGCCAAGUUCCUCGAGCCCAAGGGGUACAGGCUCCGCGAGCUCUCCAUCGGCCAGGCCCUCGUCAUCCCGGGCGACACGGACGAAGUCGAGACUUCCAUCACGUUGCGGCCCCAGAGUGAGGGCACCCGCGUCUCCUCCGACACGUGGUUCGAUUUCUUCAUCUACUCCGUGUCGGAAGACGCUCGAUGGACGGAGCAUUGCAGGGGCAUGAUCAGCAUCGACAAGGCCAACGACGACGAGGGCAUCGACGAGGCCGCCACCCUCAGCAGGCUGUGCCAGAUGGCCGAGAUGCAGCACGCGUGCACCCAGGAGGUCUCUGUCGACGACCUCUACGCGAACCUUGCCGACAUCGGCCUCGGAUACGGACCUACCUUCAGCAACAUGACCUCGGCGCGGUGCAUGUCUCUCGGCCAGGUACAGGCGGCCCGGGGAGCCUGCGUUGCCGGCAUCACGUUGCCCAAUACCGCGGCCGUGAUGCCGGCCGGGUUCGAGUACCCCCACGUCGUCCACCCGGCCCUGCUCGACAGCGUCUUCCACUCCAUGUUCGCCGCCAUGGGCGCCGGAUCGGGGCAGCUUAAGCACCCGAUGGUGCCGGUCUUCAUCAGCGAGCUGUACGUCUCCGGGGACCUGGACAAGCAGCCCGGCCGCAAGCUGACGGUUUACACGUCCACCGAGCUGAAGGGCGCCCGCCGCAUGCAGGCCUCCAUGAGCGUCGUAGGCGGCGAGCGGCCGACCAAGCCUGUCAUCGAGCUCGAUGGCCUCACAUGCAUGAAGCUCGCAGGCGACGUCGACCAGGACACCCAGCAGGAUAUCACCAGCACUGCGUACGAUUUCGCCUGGGAGGUUGAGCCCAGCAUGGUGAUACGUCGGGCAGAACCGGCACUUGAGGGUGAGGUUGUCGAUCCCGCCACCACCACCCCCAGUCCCGAGCGCGAGUGCUUGGAACAAACAAGCCACGAAGUCCUCAGUAAGCUGGUCAGCCAUGUCGACUCCUCCUCGGUUCCUUCAGACAAACCCCAGCUCGCAGCAUUCUAUGAGUGGGUCACUUCGUUGACGGCCACGACAAAGUCGUCUCCGGUAUCGCCGACGAGCAACAGCAGUGAAGACACACCAUGGAAACACCUCCUGCACUACGUCGGAGAGAACCUGUCCGAAGUGGUCACUGGAAAGCAAUCGGUGCGCGAGCUUCUCGGCGCCAAUGACCUUCUCCGAGACGCAGUCACGAACAGCCGCGCUGUCCAGCAACAAACACAGCUGGUCGCCCAGCAUCUCGGCGUCCUGGCUCGCCUGAACCCUCACCUCGAGGUUCUCGAGUUCGGAGCCGGCGCCGGAUGGUCGACCGCGCAGUUCAUCGACGGCAUCGGGAGCGUCGGGUCCAACACGCCGCGGUUUGCAAAGUACGACGUCGUGCUCUCCGACGACAAGUUCCGCGAUACGCUGAAGGCGAACGUCGACGCGCUGGACGGGCUAGUCAACAUCAAGGAAAACGUCGACGACUGGUACUCCGAAAAGCAGGAUCAGAUGCCGGAGGCGUACGACGUAAUCGUGGGCGUGCUUUCGUCACUCGACCCCGUGCCGGCGGCCCUCUCUUUGGCCGCAGCCUGCAAGCUGUUGAGACCGGGCGGAACGCUCAUCCUCCUCGAGCCGAGGCCGGACUCCAUCGUGUCCAAGACAUUGUUCGCAUCGUUGCCCUCUUGGUCUCCCACACAAUCAGAACAGGCGUGGGAGCGUGCGAUUGAAGCUUCUGGUCUACGUCGCACCGCAUCAGAAGCAGAUUCGACAGGCAACGAUGCAAGUCUCGUCGUUUCUUAUGUUUCCCAACGACCGGUAGCACCAUCCCCCACCACGAAGCCCAGUAUCUUGCUGGUCACUGGUCCCAGCCCGGGGCAGAGCAACAGUUUGAUCGGCCACCUGACGGCACAGCUUGUCAAAACAAGCUUGGACGUGGAAGUUGCCCCCUUGGAGGAAGCUCAAAGCAUCGACAAGGUGUGCGUCAUCUUCUGGGAGCUCGUGGGUGAUAUCCUAGCAAACCUUUCGACUAGCCAGUUCGUCGCCUUGAAGGAACUCUUUACCAGGUCGAAGGGAGUUCUUUCCAUCACCCGCGCAUCGUCCCUGAAGCCUAUCGCGGGCAUGGUGGCCGGCUUGACCAGAACCGUGAGGUCGGAGAUGAGCGACGGUGCUGGUCUCAUGCUCGACGUCGAUGAGAACGCAUCCACUGAAGAGACGUCAGCCGCCAUCACGAGUAUCUUGUCGAGGCAUUUCUGGUCGGAUCACGGCAUCGUCGGGACUCUGGACACAGAGUACAGACUGGUGGACGGCCAGAUCCUGGUCCCUCGCCUGGUACCGGGCACCGACGUAAACAGAGACGUCGCAGUCGCCUUGGGACGGGUCUCGGCCGAGGAAGGCCCCUUUGUACAGGAAGGACGGCAUCUCCGGGCCGAGAUCGAAACCCCCGGGCUGCUCGACACCAUCCAGUUUGUGGACGAUGAUGAGGCGACCGCGACCCUGCCCUCAGACCACGUCGAGAUCGACGUCCGGGCCAUGGGCCUCAACUUCCGCGACGUGAUGAUGGCCAUGGGCCAGAUCGACGUCGAGGCCCUCGGAGGAGAAUGCAGCGGCCUCGUCACGGCCGUGGGAUCCACGGUCCACGGCUUCGCCGUCGGCGACCGCGUCUGCUGCAUCCGCCUCGGCACGUUCCGGAGCCGCGUCCGCUGCGACGCGCGCCUGUUGCAGAAGCUGCCGGACGACAUGGACUUCGAGACCGGCGCCGCCCUCCCGGUGGUGUACUGUACGGCCUUCCACUCCGUCUUCCAGGCCGCGAACCUCCGGGCCGGGGAGACGGUUCUCAUCCACGCCGCCUCGGGAGGCCUCGGCCAGGCCCUCAUCCAGCUGUGUCAGAUGGUCGGCGCGGACGUCUUCGUGACGGUCGGGUCCGCGGACAAGAGGGCCCUCGUCUCGGAGCGCUUCGGUAUCCCGGCGGACCGUAUCCUGUCUAGCCGCGACGGAACCUUCGCCGACGCGAUAAAGAGGCUGACGGGCGGGCGCGGGGUGGACGUCAUCAUGAACUCCCUGGCUGGGGAGGGCCUGCGCCUGAGCUGGUCGUGCAUCGCGCCGUUCGGCCGCUUCAUCGAGCUCGGCAAGCGAGACUUCUUCGUCAACACGCGCCUGGAAAUGGCCAAGUUCGCCAAGAACGUCACCUUCGCGGCGGUCGAUCUCGUCGACCUGAUCAAGCUCAAGCCGGAACACGUCGCGGACGUUCUGGCCAAGUCCAUGGACCUCCUCCGCCAAGGGUCCGUCAAGUCUCCCUGGCCCAUCACCGCCUACCCCAUGGCGGAGCUCAAGACGGCCCUGCAGACCAUGCAGUCGGGUCGCCACAAGGGCAAGCUGGUCUUGGUCCCUCGUGCCACAGACAUUGUCAAGGUGGUGCCGGCACCAACAAAUGGCGCCCUCUUCGAGGCUGAUGCCGCCUAUCUGCUGGCCGGCGGUAUGGGAGGUCUCGGCCGCUCCAUCGGGAAGUGGAUGGUCCGCAAUGGAGCUCGCAACUUGAUCUUCUGCAGCCGGAGCGGAGACUCCAGCCCCGAGGCCAAGCAGACAAUCCGGGAUCUUCAGGACGCGGGCGCCACGGUCCUCGCAUAUGCAUGCGACAUCGCCGACGAGGCGCGGUUGCAACAGGUUGUCGACGACUUGUCCAGGAAAACGCUGCGAGUCCGAGGCAUCAUCCAAAGCGCCAUGGUUCUAAGAGAUGUCCUGCUGGAGAACAUGACGGUCGACGACUACAACACCGUGGUUAGGCCCAAAGUCCAGGGAACGCUAAACCUGCACGCCUUGUUCCCCCGAGACCUGGACUUCUUCGUCAUGCUGUCCUCCAUCAGCGGCGUGAUCGGUAACGCCAGCCAGGCCGCAUACGCUGCCGCCAACACAUUCAUGGAUUCGUUCGCAUCGUACCGCCACAGCCUCGGCCGUCCCGCCGUCACGAUCGACCUCGGAGUCAUGCUGGGCAUCGGCUACCUGGCCGGAGACCCCGAGCUGGCCGACGCAAUGAGGCGGCAGGGUUUCUCGGGGACCACCGAGCCGGAGCUCAUGGCGCUCCUGCGCUCGGCGGUGUCGAGGCCGCAACGGGGCCAGAUCGUGACGGGCCUCGGCACCUGGAAGGCCGGCUCGUCCCUCGGCAACUUCUCCGGCCCGCUCUUCUCCAACUUCCGCAGGCUGGCCCAGCGCGUCCCCGGCGAGGGCGGCGAGCACGGCGGCGGCGACUCCGCCUCGGGCCUCCGGGCGACCCUGGGCGCGGCCAAGGACAUGGCGGGGGCGACGGACGCGGUGUGCGCGGCUCUCCUGAAGCAGGUCUCCGUCUUCGGCAUGGUGCCCGAGGAGACCAUCGUCGCCAGCCGCCCGAUGAGCGAGUACGGCAUCGACUCCCUCGUGGCGGUAGAGAUGCGCAACUGGAUCUUCCGCGAGACGGACUUCACCGUGGCCAUCCUGGAGUUGAUGGCGAACCAGCCGAUCCAGAAGCUCGCCAUGAAGAUCGCUGGGGGUACUCAUCUGGUGAGCGCCAAGGUGAAGAGCGCCUCGUAG